AUGGAUAACCUGACAAAUGUCAGCUAUUUCAUCCUUCUAGGAUUCCCCAUCUCUGCAGAGCUUCAGAUUCUCCUUUUUGUUAUAUUCAUCCUCACUUACUUGCUGACCCUCAUGGAAAAUCUCGUAAUCCUCAUCACCAUUUGGGGUAACAGUAACCUUCGCAAGCCCAUGUACUUCUUCCUGGGCAACCUCUCUUUCCUGGAAGUCUGGUAUGUCACCGUCAUUGUCCCCAAGAUGCUGGCAGAUUUCCUCACCCAAGACAAGCGUAUCUCCUUCCAAGGUUGCCUGACGCAGCUGUAUUUCUUUGUCACUUUUGUGUGCACUGAAUAUAUUCUUCUGGCAGUCAUGGCUUACGAUCGGUAUUUGGCCAUAUGCUACCCGCUGCGUUACCCAGUGAUGAUGAGCAAUGCUUUCUGUGCUCAGCUGUCAGCAGGAUGUUGGACAUGUGGCUUCAUCACUGCCGCAAUCAAGCUCAGCUUCAUUGGGCAGCUGAAAUACUGUGACACGGACAAGAUCAACCACUACUUCUGUGACAUUUCACCACUGUUAAAUGUGUCCUGCACUGAUUCUUCCAUGGCUGAGCUGGUAGAUUUUAUCCUGGCUCUUAUGGUUAUCAUGGUUCCACUGUGCAUCGUUGUUAUGUCAUACAUCUACAUCAUCUCAACGGUACUGAAGAUUCCUUCAGCUCCAGGUAGAAAGAAGGCCUUCUCUACUUGCAGCUCUCAUCUCACAGUGGUGGUGCUGUUCUACUCUACCACACUCUUCACCUAUGCACGGCCCAAAGCCAUGUAUGCCUACAACUCCAACAAACUGGUAUCAGUGCUCUACACUGUGGUAGUGCCACUUAUGAACCCUCUAAUAUACUGCCUCAGGAAUAAGGAAGUAAAAGAUGCCUUGAGGAAGACACUGUCAGGUUAA